GCAACCACAGACAUCGUGUUACGUCAUCUUCAAGCGCCAACUAACACGCACGUAGACAACAAUCGUAAAGCAAGAUGCUUGUUUUCGAGCAUUCCUAAUGUAAAAUGUGUGACACAGCUUUUUCGUUGAGUCUUCAGGAGCGCAUGCAGCGUUUGCAGGAGCUCACAGACUUCACAGAGAGUUGCCAAGCCGAACUCAGGGAUUUGUUUGACUCGCUGGGAUGGAGUCAGGAAUUAGAUACACAUGCAGUUCAGAUGGAAGUGUGUCCAUUCGAUCCAAACCACACCGUACCGCGGGACAGGAUGGAGAAACACAAAGCCGCCUGUCAGCUCAGUCAGUUGGGAUACUCUAAAGAAGAGCAGGCUGAAAUGUUUGAUCCUUCAGUGUACUAUGAGAAAGCAAACAUUCCUUCCAUUACCAUGGACAAAGACACAUUUCACCAAGUAAUUCUGCAGACCCGGGAAAAUGCUCCUCACGUGAGCUCGGCAGGACCCCACACUCAAAGUGACACAUCUACAGAUCUCCCUGACAUACCUCAGAAUCAUAAGCGGGCAUUAUGUGACCUCACUGUGGCAGAACGAAUGGCCGUCUAUGAUCAUGUGACACAAGAAGCCAGUCAACAGAGUGCAAAGAGAGAAUCCAACAAUGAGGAUCUUUAUGUAGAUCUUGUUGCAAAGCUUAAAAAAGGAGAGCAACAAAGUGGGCCAAAGUCUCAUCUGGAGGUCUUGGCUGAGAUGAGGGACUACAGGAGGCGCAGACAGUCUUACAGAGCGAAAAAUGUUCACAUCACCAAGAAGUCUUACACAGAGGUAAUUCGGGAGGUUAUUGACAUCCACUCUGGAGAACUAGGCAGGAUUUGGCAGGAAGUGAAGGAUGAGGAGUCCAGAGCAUCACAGUCGUCAUCUCACAGAGGAGCAUCUGAGAAAGGCCGCUCCGCAUCCGUUGAGUCACGUGAGUCUCGUAUCAGCUCCCGAGAUGAGCAUGGGCAUAAACAGCACCGCAAACGCAGUCGUAGUCGCAGUCGCAAGCGCAGUCGAGAGAGAAAACACAAGAGUAAGAGAGAUUCACAUUCUCCAGAUGUGGAGAGACAUCACAAGAAAAAGAAGAAGAAAAAUAAGUCUUAAAAUUUGACUUAAUUUAACACAUCACAAAUGAACCUGCUGUUUUGAUUUUGAGUUUUAUUCAGGGUUUUUAAUUUUAUUUCAUUUUCAAUUUUGUCCCCUUCAGUGUUUUUAUUUUAUUGGAUGAUAUGCUACAAUAAAAUGUGAAUAAAAAUGUUAUAAGUGUGAAUAA